CGGGGCCAGGGACUGAAAGGGGGCGGCGCUUGCAGGCCCUGAAGCCGUGAGCUGAAGUAGAGAACUGGCUGGGCGUCCGGGUGACAGGAGGGCGGCUGAGCUCCAGGGCCCCACAACCCCUGCAGCCAUGGCGAGACAAAUGGGCCGAGACCCCGGCCUGAAGGAGAAGGUGAAAAUGUUCCUGGGCCUGGGACCAUCACGUGGAAAGUCCAAGCACUCCGAGUGGCGGCAGCCGGAGUACAUCAUCACCGCCGAGCUGCUGAAAGAGCUGAGUCCAGAGAGCGCGCUGAGCAUUCGCGUCCGGGCCAUGAAUCAAAUCUGCGAGCUGGCAAAAACCAAAAAAUUUGAGGAUCACGCAGUGGAAGCAAUCUGGACAUCCAUCGCGGAUCUGCUGGAACCCGAUCAACCAGCAGAGGGCAGACACAACGUCCUCAACCUACUGAAAAGCCUCAUCGUAGGACAGGGUGACCGGCUGGGCUUUCUCCGGGCUCAUUUCUUCCACGUCAUAAAGGAUUACCCCAGCAACGAGGACCUCGUGGAGAGGCUGGAGGUGUUCAAAGCUCUGACUGAUAACGGCCGGUACAUCACCUACCUUGAAGAGGAGCUGGCUGAGUUUGUCCUGCAGUGGAUGGAGUUCGGCUUGUCUCCAGAUUUCCUGCUGGUGCUGGUGAACCUGGUGAAGUUCCACAGCUGUUAUCUGGAAAGUUAUAUUGCUCCUAUGGUGCAAAUGAUUUGUCUGCUUUGUAACCGGACUACUUCUUCCUAUGAUAUUGAGGUGUCUCUGAAGGUCCUGGACGCCGUGGUUUGCUAUAACUGCCUGCCGUCCGAGAGCAUCCCCACCUUUGUAAUCACGUUGUGCCGGACAAUCAACAUUAAGGAGCUGUGCGAACCCUGCUGGAAGCUGAUGAGGAACCUCCUGGGCACACAUCUCGGGCACAGCGCUAUUUAUACCAUGAGCUGCAUCAUGGAAGACAAAGUCUAUUCGGAGGACGCCCCCCUACUGAGGGGAGCUGUGUUUUUUGUGGGAAUGGGGCUGUGGGGUGCACAUAGGUUAUUCUGUUUGAAGAACUCUCCAAUAUCUGUGCUACCCUCCUUUCUAAAGGCGAUGAACUGUCCAAACGCAGUGGUGUCUUAUGAGAUCGUCCUGUCAAUCAUAAGACUGAUCAAGAAGUACGGUCGGGAGCUGCAGGCGGUCACGUGGGACGUCGUCUUGGAUAUCGUUGAGCGGUUAUUCCAGCAGUUCCAGGUGCUGCGGAGUCAGGAGUUAAAGGCGGCUGUGCACAACCUAUUAACUGCUGUAGAGGAGCUCUAUGACCAGAGUGACUUCCAUGGGGAGGAGGAGAGGUUCUUUGAUCUUGUGGAGAAGAACUCCGAUGAGCGGCCUGCAGCCUCUGUAGUGAAUCUCAUAACGUACAGAGCCCAGAGCAUCCACCCAGGCAAGGAGGGAUGGGUGCAGGACCUGCAGAAACUGAUGGACAAGUAUUUCAGGAAUGAGUCCCGCUGCGUUGUACGUAUGAAGGUCUUGGAUGUCUUGUCUUUCGCUCUCAGCAUUAACAGACAGUUUUACGAGGAAGAACUGAUUGAGAAGGUGGUUACCUGUCAGCUGGCCCACAUCCCAGAAGAUAAGGAUCAUCAGGUUCGAAAACUUGCCACCCAACUUCUGGGUGACUUGGCUGAAUGCUGCCACUCUUGCCACUUCAACAGCCUGAUGGAUAUCAUCGAGAGGGUUGUGACCCGUUCUUUGUCUUUGACUGAAUCUGCAGGACAGGACACCUCAUCCCUGGAAGAUGUGAAGACCUCUGUACUUGGGCUAAUGGUUAUAUUACAGACCAAGCUGUAUACUCUACCGGCGAGUCAUGCCAUGCGUGUGUACGAGAUGCUGGUCAACCAUAUCCAGUUGCACUACAGAAACCUGUACAGCUCCCCCAUGGCCAGCAGUAUUCGCCUCCAGGUGUUUGAUUUCUUCUUGCUGCUGAGAGCCGACUCUCUGAAACGCAUUGGCCUUCCCAACAAGGAUGGAGCUGUGCGAUUCAGCCCGUAUUGUCUCUGUGAAUCUGUGAGCGAGUCUGAGAAAAGGGUGUCGGACAGGAAAUCCUCUGGUACCCUGUCACCUCCUGCUGGAAGUCCUAGCCUCACAUCUCAGAGCGGUUGUCCUCGCUUGGGCUUUCUGCCGUUCUCAUUGGCAUUUGGCGUCAUCCUGCAAUGUCUCAAACAGGAGACGGACUGGAAAGUUCUGAAACUGGUUCUCAACAAGCUGCCCGAGUGCCUUCGGUACAAACUCCUCAUCCUGUCCUCUCCCUGCAACAUUGACCAGCUGUCUGCGUCCCUGUGUACCAUGCUCUCAGACCGAAGCGCAAGCGACCGUCUUUACAACACACCAGAUGGUUUCUCUCGUACUGACCUACAGCUUGCAGUGGUUCCUGUGCUGACUGCAUUGACUUCAUACCACCCUUUCCUGGACGUCAGUAAACAGAGGGAAAUGGUGCAUUGCCUGGAGACCGGCCUUAUCUACCGCUGUGCCAAGCAGUGUGUGGUUGCCCUGUCCAUGUGCAUGGUAGAGAUGCCAGGGAUCCUGAUUAAAUCAUUGCCAAUGCUCAUUGUUAAGCUGACCCACAUCUCCGCCACAGUCACCAUGGCUAUCCCCAUGCUGGAGUUUCUGUCCACUCUCGUUCGGCUGCCACAUCUUUAUUGGAACUUUGCUCCAGAGCAGUACGUUAGCGUGUUUGCCAUUUCCCUUCCCUACACAAAUCCAUCAAAGUUUAAUCAGUACAUUGUGUUCCUGGCCCACCACGUCAUUGCCAUGUGGUUCAUCCGAUGCCGGCUCUCGUUCAGAAGGGACUUUGUGCCUUACAUAACGAAGGGUCUCCGCUCCAAUGUCCUGCAGAGCUUUGAUGAUACACCGGAAAAGGGGAGCUUCAGGGCCCGCAGUACUAGUCUGAAUGAGCGGCCUAAAAGCUUGAAGCUAUCUAAACAAACCAAGCCGGGCAUGAGUGACUCCUCCCCGGUGAAGGAGAUGCGAGACCUUUCCAAUGCCUUUCGAUCCCGCAGCAUCAGUGUGUCGGAGCGGGCCGCAUACAGCCGGAUGCAGACCUCUGUGACCAGCUCGAGCCUGAGCUCGGCCGACGAAAGCUCCAUGGCCCAGGCCGAUGACAGCUUGAAAAAUCUUCACCUGGAGCUAACGGAGAUCUGUCUAGACAUGAUGGCCAGAUACGUGUUCUCCAACUUCACUGCGGUUCCCAAGAGGUCUCCAGUUGGUGAGUUCCUCCUGGAUGGGGGGAGAACCAAGACCUGGCUGGUCGGAAACAAAUUGGUGACGGUGACAACAAGUGUAGGGAGGGGGACACGGUCCCUCCUUGGCUUGGAUACUGGGGAUGUCCCGAAGGAGGGAGAUGCAGAUGUCGGCUCGUCAAUGCAACCUGAAUUCAAAGAAGCUCCUAAGAUGGAGCAGCAGGCGAGAAAGCAGGGUAUGCAAACGCCGCGUCACAGAGUCCGCUCCAUGUCUGGUGGUCAUGGACUACGAGCUGGAUCUGAAGCCGUCUCUCUGUCUUCACCAGGGGGAGCUCCUGGAAGCAGAGUGGACAAGACUCCCCGUAGGGUCCAGGUGAAGAAAGAGAAGGCUACACUGGCUGAUUUUGUUCCAGUGCUGACUCAGGGCUGGGCAGAGAUACUCGUGCGUAGGCCGACAGGUAAUACCAGCUGGCUUAUGAGUUUGGAGAACCCCCUCAGUCCCUUCUCUUCAGACAUUAACAAUAUGCCCCUCCAAGAACUGUCUAACGCCCUAAUGGCAGCCGAGAGGUUCAAAGAGCAUCGGGAGACUGCGCUCUACAAGUCCCUCUCCAUGCCCACCUCCACCCUGAGCUCUCCUGCAAGCAAACCCACACUCCUCCAAAGGUCCAACACAGUGGCUUCUGUCUCUCUCGCAUCCCAGUCCAGUGGUCAAGGGAAGCUGCUUAGGAGCAUAUCCUGGGCAGAAUCCUCAGUGGUGCCAGAGGAAGGUUCCCAACUGGACGUUGAAGGAGAUGUAACGUCCCCAGGUGGUUCCCAAGAGCUGGAUGACUUUGAAGCUGUGAUUAAUGAUGACACCACCAGUGAAGACAAGACGGGCAAGAAGACUGAUGGAAUCAGCAGGUCGUCCUCCACCUCCAGUCAGGAGGAAUCUACAUCCCAGCACACAGAAGAGUUAGAGCUCCGUGGGAUUCCUAUAGAAGGAUCUUCACGUGAACUUCCUUUCCAACCUUCACAAACACUAAGCAAGUCGAGUUCAUCCCCUGAGCUUCAGACUUUGCAGGAGAUUCCCAAGGAGCCCGACAGUAAAGACCCCAUUCAAACCCCUGCCCUAGAAACGAAACCUCUGCUGCACAGUGCAAGCACGGAGCCUGUACCCAGCAAACCAGAGGAGGAGGUUUCUGCAGCAGCAACCCCAAAACCCGAGGCAGGUUCAAGGCUGGAACCAGGACUGCCACAACAGGCUCCACAGUCCCCAAGUGGGUACCGACCCAGGGGGCACACCAUCUCCGACUCCGAACCUUCCAGACGAGGCAGAAGAAUUAACAUUGAUGCUUUUAAGAACAGCACCAAGGCCUCCAAAGCAGAGAAGGUGCCAGGAAUAGACCCAAGCUUUGUAUUUCUACAGCUCUACCACUCUCCUUUCUUCGGGGACGAGUCCAACAAGCCAAUCCUGGUCCCCAAUACUCAGACAUUUGAAAGAACUAUGAAACUCCUUGACCAGAUCCCGUGCUACGACACCCACAAGAUCGGGGUCCUGUAUGUUGGAGAAGGUCAGGUUGGCAAUGAGCGGGCAAUCCUAUCCAACGAGCACGGAUCCUACCGGUAUACGCAGUUCCUGACCGGGCUGGGAAAGUUGAUUGAGUUGAAGGACACUCAGCCCGACAAGAUAUUUCUGGGAGGACUGGACGGAUGUGGAGACGAUGGACAGUUCACCUACUGCUGGCACGAUGACAUCAUGCAAGUCAUAUUCCAGAUCACUACAUUGAUGCCAAACAAGGAGAUAGACCCGUACCGCUGCAACAAGAAGAGACACGUGGGAAACAACUUUGUGAACAUUGUGUAUAACGACUCGGGAGAGUUUUAUAAGCUGGGCACUCUUAAGGGUCAGUUCAACUUUGUGGACGUGAACAUUCAGCCCCUGGACUGCGAGAGCAACUUGGUGACGUUACAGUGUCGGAAAGAUAUGGAAGGACUGGUUGAUAUAUCGGUCGCUAAAAUAGUGUCUGAUAAGAACUUGCCGUUCCUAGCCCGCCAGAUGGCGCUGCACUCAAACAUGGCUUCACAAGUUCAUCACAGUAGAUCCAACCCCACAGACAUUUACCCUUCAAAAUGGAUUGCCAGACUCAGACACAUUAAGAAAAUGAGACCAAAGAUCCACGAUGAGCUGUUAGAAAUGAGCGCAAACAUGCCUUACCCCAUCAGCAGCCUCUCCAACAAACCUCCCCCGCAGAACCCGCCAUCUGCCAGCGGCUCAUUUGAAACCGGACAGCGGACUAGGCUCAUAUCCGCAGUGGAUGACUUCACGGAAUUUGCCUAAAACCCGACAUUCUGGGAGAGGCUGGACAAAGCGAAUGGUACGUCCUGUGGGCCUGACGUGAGGACAGAUUACUACAGUGAACACUAAAACCUUCUGCUCCGGGGCCUCAUGUAGCAAAGAUAAGAAUCGGACAUUUUAAGAGACUCUCUAAUUUAAAUUAUUUGCAGUAUUGGAAAAAUCUUAAUUUAUUAUAAGACUUCACCCCUUGCAAUGUGAGUAGUACCAGAGUCCCCCGGCAACGGGUCACAGGAACUGGGUCAGUAAGUUGGGAACGUGGGGUGAGCGUUAUCGCCUUGAGGGCUUUUUGUUCGUUUUUUCUGCACAAUUACAAAUUAAAUUUAAAAAAA